GCGCUGGCUGUGUGAGUGAGCGGACGAAGCGCCGCACCUCGCGAUCCUCAACCCCCGCGGCGAUUCCUCGGAGCCAUUCCCGUACCUCACUCGUCGGCGAGCGGCGGCGACGAGAGAAAAUUGAGAAAUAGAAAGCCGUAGGCAAAGGUAGACGACAGACGGGGUUGAGUGCGAGUGAGUGCCUUUUCACUAGCAUUAGUGCCUGACACUUGCACGCCGUGACAGUGCCUGCGUGUGCCAGCAAGCAGUAGGGCGAGGAAGAGUGGAAGGCCCAGUGCCACCGGAAGGCAAGGACGCGAAGGCAUUCCGUGCCAAAGGAAGGCAACGGCGGCGGAGGUGGCGAACAGUGGCUGGUUGGUGGAGGUGUGUGGAGGGGACCGCGGAGCCGCCCGGAGUGCGUGUGUGUGAGUGUGUCGUGUAACCGGGAGCAGGAGGAGACUCCUCACUCUUCCCCUUCGUCACCCUCGUCGCCACCACCGCACCCUCGCCCCUCCCUCAGGGCGUGUGUCCAGCGAGGAAGCAGAGUGGACGGCGCCCUCGCCCCGCGCCCGCCCGUGAGUGAGAGGAGGCCGGGCGCGCCCAGGUGUAUGCCGAGCGCCGGCGUGGGCGUCCCGGCACACCAGGACGGCGAGGGGCACCCGCAAGGGAGGGCACCUGAGGGAGAGUCCGCUAUGGAAUGCGCCGAGUGAGACGCCCCCGCUGAGUAUUAUGGCCAGGCUGCUGGUGCCACAGCUGCUGCAGCGCCCCCUGAGGCCGCCACCGGUGCUGGUGGGCGCCCUCGUGGUGGCGCUGCUGGCCGUGGGCGUGGGCGGGCAGGAGAACAGUAACGCGGGCGUAGAGUGUGGGUGUGGCGGGAGCGUGGCGGCGGCGGUCAUCAUCAGCAUCAUCCUCACCCUCGCGCUGGUCGCCGUCGUGCUCUUCGUCUACAGGAGGUGCUGCCAGGGGACCGCAGGUAAGCGAAAAGAGUGGAUGCGGAGAGAGGAAGAGAAAAAAAGGAAAGGAGGAGAGAACAGGUAAAGAACAAGGAGACAAGGAAUGAUUUAGGAAUAGGGUAAGAAAAGGAGAGAUGAUGGUAAAUAACGAAAAAAA